CCACUGCCACUGCCACUGGCACUGUCUCGACCGCUGACCAUCCGCAAGACGGCAAAAAUUUCAAAAAUUCCAAAGGAACCCGAAGAAUUGAAAGCCAAGAAGAAGGCAAAGUGUGAAGCAGCAGCAGCAACAGCAACAACAGCAGCAGCCACACCAACGCCACCAGCAACAUCAUCCACUAAUUACGAAAAAAUGCCAAUGAAUUUGAUGAUUGUGGAAAGUGUUGAGACAGUCGAUAUGGGAUCAUCGGACAAUGACAACGAGACAACGGAGCAGGUACCGUUGGUGAGUGCCAGUCGUCGGAAUCUGGCCAAAAUUGUUGCCGAUUGUCGGCUUCAAAUCGAAAUAGAGCCCACAGCAGCAGCAGCCACAACAGCAACAUCUGAAGUUGCAACAGAACUAGCAGCAGCAACAACAAAAGAUAUAGAAGAAAAAACAUCGUCUUCGUCAGCGUCGUCGGCGUCGUCAGCGUCGUCGGCGUCGUCGGCGUCGUCGGCGUCGUCGUCGUCGGCUUCUACAUCAUCUGCCAGCUCAACAUCCUCAGAAUUUACGCACACAUCACAAACGACAAUACCAAGUACGGAUAAUCUAACGUCAUCCAAUGGCCUGGCCAAUAUGGGCAAAAGCAUUUUAGUUGAUGCCAAAAGUGGCACGCCAGCAGCUUUGGCUUAUCCCUUCCUGAGUGGCCCUGCACCGAUUGCAACCACAGCUGGGACGCCACAACAGCAGCCACAGCAUCAGCAGCCCACCCCACCCACGCUACAGUUAACCUUUCAGAAUCUGAAUGUCUUGCACAACGAACGCAAAAUACUUUCCGAUGUGAGUGGAUUUGUCAGUCCCUGCGAGGUGCUGGCUGUGAUGGGGCCCUCGGGCAGCGGCAAGACCACGCUGCUGGACUGCCUCAGCGGACAGCGGCACAUCGACAGCGGCAGCGUCUUCCUCAACCGUGAGCCGCUCUCAAAGAAAUGGCGUCGCCGGAUCGGCUAUGUGCUGCAGGAGGAGAUCUUCUUUCCGCAGCUAACGCUCAGGGAGACGGUGGUGUACACGGCGCUGUUGCGUCUGCCCGAGUCCAUGCCGCGGGCGGAGAAGAUGCGCCAGGUGGAUCACAUACUGGAGGCCCUGGAGCUGGGCUGCUGCCAGCAGACACGUUUCGGGGACUAUCUGAAUCGGGGUCUGUCCGGCGGCGAGAAGAAGCGGGCGAACAUAGCCUGCGAGCUGCUGACCAAUCCGUUGCUCAUGCUCCUGGAUGAGCCCACCUCUGGGCUGGACAGCCACUCUGCCAUUUCGCUGAUGAAGGUGCUCAAGCGCUAUGCACAGCUGGAGCAGAAGACAAUUGUGAUAAGCGUGCACCAGCCGUCGUCGCAGAUGUUCCAUAUGUUUGACAAGCUGCUGCUGCUGCAUCAGGGUCGCACCGCCUACUUUGGGGAUGUGCACAACAUUUACAGGCAUUUCGAGGAUAUCGGUGUGACCAUCAAGCCGCACUACAAUCCCGCUGACUUUGUCUUGGAGCAACUGAAGUCCCAUCCGGAUAUACGCGAGAAGCUGUUCGUAGCGGCCAAGGAAUCUCAUGGCAACUACUUGAAUCGCAAUUGCAUUAGCAGCAGCCUCCAGCCCAGCGGAGAGGAGUCCAAGGCCAAAAAGCAACCGGAUAGCAUUCUAAUCGAUGAUAUAAUCAACAACUACUACAAUCAGCAUCACCACAGUCUCCACCAGCCACACCAUCAUCAUCACAAUCAUCAUCAUCAGCAUCACCAACAUCAUCAUCAUCAUCACCAAUACGAAAAUCUACAUCACACCAGCAGCGGCUGUCAGGUGGAGGAGGAUGAGGAGGCGGCGCAACAUUUGGUCUGGUGCGGUGCCGACUCGCAGUCAAACUUCAGUUCCUGUGCCUCCAGCGACUGUCACUCGUACAGUGCCGGCAGUGUGCCGAACGGCGACGAGGACUGGCUGUCAUAUCCCACAAGCUUUCGCACCCAGUUCUGUGUCCUGUCCAGCCGCAACUUUAAGGAGGCCAAGCCACGCAUGCUCUCCAAGCUGAAUUGGUUCCAGACCAUCGGUCUGGCACUGAUGGCGGGCGCCAUUUGGUUCCAGCUGCCACGCACCGAGGAGUUCCUGCACGACCUGCAGGGCUGGAUGUUCUUCUCGCAGACCUAUUGGAUGCUCUUUGCAUUGUUCGGUGCACUCAAUUCAUUCCCCUCGGAGCGUGAGGUCAUCAGCAAGGAGCGGCGUUCGGGCGCCUAUCGGCUGUCUGCCUAUUAUCUGGCCAAAAUGUGUGCCGAACUGCCGCUGGUGGUCACCCUGCCCACUGUCUACCUCAUGAUAAGCUAUCCCAUGCUGGGCUGCACAAGCCUAAAAUUGUUCUUCCUGAUGCUCAUCUUUCUGCUGAUCAAUACGAUUGUGGCCCAGAGCGUGGGAUUCUUUAUUGGUGCCUGCUGCAUGGACAUGAAUGUGAGCAUUACGCUGAGUGCCCUUUAUACGCUGGCCACCCAGCUCUUUGGCGGCUAUUUGUCGUCACGCAUUCCGGAGGGUCUCAGCUGGAUACGCUACACAUCCAUGAUCCACUAUGCCUAUCAGAAUAUGCAGAUACUGGAGUUUCGCGAGGGUCCAGCCGUUAGAUGCGGCACGCCUAGUAGCUAUGAGAUAUGCAAACAGCAGACAACCGAAUUCAUUCCAUAUGAGGAAAUACUCAAAGCACAAAACUCAACGUCACCGCUCUGGCUGAAUACGCUCAUACUGAUGAUGUUCCUGCUGGUGUUCCGCUGCCUGGGCUAUGCGGUGCUGCGCUACUUGCGUUGUCCCAAAAAGACGUGAUAUCCAUGGAGGAGGAUAUAUAG